AUGGGAACCGAGAAUGGGAGGAAGAAGAUAAACGCCCGUAGCUUGUCUUCCCUCCUAAGCACUCCACCAUCAACCAUGCUGGCGACACCGAGAGAAGGAGGAGGAGGAGAAUCGCCGUACCGCGCCUCCCUCGACCCUAGCUGCUGGCGCCGCCUCAACUUCCGCUCCCUCGAUUUCACGCCCUGGAGCCCUUUCUCCUGCGCCUUUGCGCUCCGCUACCGCCUCCACUCCCCCCUCUCCUUCUCCGCCUUCCUCCGUUUCGCCCUCCACCGCUCCCGCGGCGUCGUCGACCAACUCGCCUUCCCCCUUUCCUCUGCCGUCUCCAUCCACGACCUCGCCUAUGCCUCUAUCAAAUGCCCGAGAUUGAAGGCGCUGGCUUUUCCGGACAACCUGAUGCUGGAGGACGACCUUCGAAUCCCGGAGCUGGUGCGGCGGUGGAAGGAUCUGGAGCAUCUAGUUUUUUUCCUGAAACUUGUUUCUUCUUCUCGCUUCAAAUCUUUAUGGUUCUUGAUGAAAUGUCGUUUUGUUUUGUGUAGAAUAUUCUCGGAUGUUGCUGGGGAUGUGACUAUUUAUGUGGAUGGUCAAUCGUUCCUAUUGCACAAGUUCCCUCUGGUUUCACGAAGUGGAAAAAUCUGGAAAAUGGUAGUUGAAUCCAGGGAGCCAGACCUUUCCAGAUUAGAGCUUCAUGAGGUACUUGGGGGAGCUGAAGCAUUUGAACUCGCCGCUAAGUUCUGUUACGGGACUAACUUCGAGAUCACGGCGAGUAAUGUUGCCCAACUUCGUUGCAUUGCCGAGUAUCUGGAAAUGACUGAACAAUAUCAAGAACGCAACCUAAUCGUCAGAGCAGAGGCGUUCUUAAACGAGGUUGUGUUUCAAAGCCUCGAAAAGUCCCUGGAAGUUUUAUCUUCAUCUAAUGGUUUGUCUCCCAUAGUCGACGAGGUCGGUAUAGUGAAUCGAUGCAUAGAUGCAAUCGUGAUCAACGCUAGCAAGGAGCAAUUGGUUUCUAGUUUAGCUCACUUAGAAUGUGAUAGCAGAUCAGGAAAAUUAAUGAUGCAUUGUCAGGACUGGUGGGUGGAAGACCUUUCUGUGCUAAAAAUUGAUCUUUAUCGACGAGUUAUCGCUGCAAUGAGGAGAGCUGGUGACUACGUAUAUUCUUGA